GGCACUGACGAUACGCUGACCGCAUCACUAGGCCAUCUUCAGCUGUUCUCGCGUCUCCGUUUCUAUAUUUUCGCAUCAAGUGACUGGGUCGAAGAACAAGACAAUGAGGUGCGCCGCUUUUAUGGGGUGGUGUUUAUGUGUUCCAUUCUGUGCAAUUUUUGAAGCGAAUUAAUUUUUUUUUGUACGGUGGAUUAUGUGAAUAAUGAUGCGAAAUUUAAUUUUAUUGCUGUGUGCCUAUGGAUCCGUAGGCUACGGGUACGACUCCGGAGGUGCCGACCAAGCAGCCUGCGGUCGUCCUUAUAGAUCCGGAAGAAUGUAUCAACCACCAUGCGACUUAAAUCGCAUGGGGUAUUGCGUGUCGGCCGGCCAAUCAUAUCCUUGGCACGCCGUCAAACGAUUCGUGCGAGAUAAUCAGGGAUUGAUGAGAAGAAUGUACGGCGACCAAAGGCAUGGACACGUAUUGAGAGUGGAACUUCAAGAAGAAUUAGGCGAGGAAGAUCCAAUGAGAGACUGGCAACCGCCCGCCAGAAAAUUCCCCAGGUACUCGAGAUACGACCACGAAGAGGAUAGAGAAAACGAAGUGCUCGAAGAUGAGGACUUCUUCUUCGAAAACUACGGGGAACCACGUUUCCUUCGGGACGAUGUUAAAAACGAUGACGUUUUAAAUACGAAGUUCGUAUACUCGGAAGAACCCGCCAUUGCAAUUAAACUGGCGGGAUUGAAGACCGCUCCGCUUGUACGACCAACUACUCAAAAGAGUAGCAUCGAGCGAAUAUCGGACAAAGUUCCAGUUAAAAAGGAAGAUGAGAUCACGAACGCUGCAAGCACCACCUCAAAACUGGAACAAUCUUCAACAACGAUCACAGUCGAAGAAACGACAAUCUCUUUGAACGAAGAAAACUCAACAACUGAAACUACAACGGACCAGACGAGCACGACUCCAAACGUGAUGGAAGCUGACGAUAGAGUUGGCGAGUCAGCAGAAGGAGGAUUUUCCAGUACUGAAAGCAGUGAAGUAGAAGCAGAACAGGAGGAGUUUGCAGAUGGUUUGAACAAACCUGGUGCAAUUUUGUUUCAGGACAUGGAAGACCCGUCAAAGAAAAAGGUGCACGUUAAUUACAAAAUGCGUGGUGUUAAUGCUUGUCCUGUGAAGGAAGAAGUGGUUGCACCAUUUUGGGCUAACAAUACAAGAGGGGAAGUUCUAGCACUCCUAAACAUGUACCCUUUUGAACAGUACGUCCACUGGGAAAAGUGUACAUUCGAGAAUCGUCAAAUGUACUGUCGGGAAGGCUGCAGGUGCGAACAACAGUACAGACUUCACAGGCUAUUAGCUUACGAUCCCAACAACGAGUGUAGAGGUAUUUUCUCUGAUUGGUUCAGAUUUCCUUCCUGUUGUGUUUGCAAGUGUUAUAACAUGCCCCCUGAGUUUAGAGUGACGUCUAGAAGUCCACGGUUUCAGAGAAACUUUGACGAUUGAAUGUAGUGAAUUCUGUAAAUAUCGUUUGCGCUCACGCGAGAUUUGUUUAUUAUAGAGCCGGCGCCAUUUGCAUAAUUUAGUUGUAAAUAGGUAAUAGUUGGUAAGCACACAAAUUUUAAGGCUUGUGAUUAAACUGUAGUUGAUGGAUACUCGUUGUGUAAUUAUAUUUAUGAAUCCAAUGUAAGAGUGUAUAAAUCAAUACUGACAUAUUGUUGAAAUAUUUUUAGCUUUAAUGUGCUGUAUAUAAUAAAUUUACACGUAUUGUUUUACUUUAACGAAUUUAUUGUUAAGUAUUUAUAUUAAUGUUAUAUUUAUUUAUA